GUGACAGUUUUAUUCACUACCGAGCUCGCCGGUCCACUUGAACUAAGAGGGGCAGAGUAGACAAGUGUUUCCAUAUUAACUCCGUUAGACCCUAAAUAGGAGAGGCAUAAGGAUUAUUUUAUUUUUUUCGUCAUAUCAAAGAUGUGAUCCAAACAAUUUUUUAUUCUUUUCUUUUUGAUAUAAAAAAAGAUCAAUAUGGGUUCCGAUGGACAUUUGAAGUUUCUUGUAAGCCUCCUCUUCACAUUCACAUGGUUGGUUUGUAAAGCCUACGAAGGUGGAAUAUGUGACGAACCUCAAACAUCUAUAUUCUGUACUUGUGAUACAAGGUACCGAGAGACAACUGUAGUUUGUUUCGUUACCAACAAUAUAAGCAGGCACGAUGAGGUAUGGGGAUCUCUUGGCGACGUUGAAAAUGUUGUCAGUCUAAAAUUGCAUUCCAUGUUACCAAUGAGGCUAAAUUAUAUUCCUACUGACAGCCUUAAUCAUAUGAAUACUUUAAAAAGUUUAUCCAUCCAGCAAGGAAACUUAGGAGUUCUCCAAAGCUACGCUAUAUCCAAUAUGAAAGAACUCCGAGAGUUGGUUCUAGAUGGUAGUGAAAUAACAGAACUGGAACCAAAUGCAAUCUCAAAUUUACCGAAACUGAAGAAAUUGUCACUGAGUGAAAAUCUACUGCAAGAAGUUCUAUCGGAAACUUUGACUGGUUUGGCAGACCUCGAGCAGUUAUUCUUGGACCGGAAUAAUAUAUCCAGGGUUGAAGCCUGCGCUUUUUGUGACUUGCACAGUUUAAAGGAAUUAGAAUUAUGGGGUAAUCAAAUUACAGACCUCACUGAAUAUAUGUUCCGGGGGCUUCGGUAUCUCAAGCGGUUAGAUCUAUACAAAAACCAAAUAAGAAUUUUGAAUGACAAGAUCUUCCAUUCUAUGGUCAAGCUUGUGGAAAUAGAUUUGAAAGAUAAUUUAAUUAGUCAUAUCGCACCAAAUGCAUUUCAAGGAUUGGAGAAACUUCAGAUUUUGAUGCUGAAUUCGAAUAAAAUAAAAGUACUUCCGGAUCAAAUUUUCAAGCCACUUCCAAGUUUAAGAUCUGUGGACAUGUACAACAAUGAACUGGAAACGUUACAAUAUGAAGUAGUGGAAAAUAUGGCCAAUGCUAAAGAUCAACACUUCUCUUUUUCAUUUAGAGAAAAUCCCAUAAUUUGUGACUGCCGAUUAAAGUGGGUGAAAUCGUACAUGAAAAUGGUCAAGAGCCACCAGUUCUCGAGGGAGCUUCGGGACUUCCAGUGCAAACCCGACGGAGAAAACGAGACGCUGCAGUCAGUCCACUUGAUGGAGAUGGAGUGCGACAAGUUCACUACCAUGAAACAGAAAAACCUCAUCACCACCUCGCGCUCGGUGACGCAGCCUGUCAACCUGGUUCCCUACGAGAUCCACGGCCGCAUAAACAAAACACGGAAGACGGCUGUCGUAACAGAAGAUGUGUCUGUCGUACAAGACAGCGAGGCUGAAGAAAUGGCGGAAGAGAUGGAAGACAAAGACAGCAAGCCCAAUAGAUCUGCAAUUCUUACUGGUGACGUUCGUAUAAUCACUUUUGUGACUCUGUGGACUCUGUCCUUGGUGAGAAAGCGUAAAGGAACAUAAACUGAUUUGUUGUUUAUGUUUAUGUAAAUAUAUUGGACAAUAUGUUUGUGGUGCUUUGUCAAACAUUGACUAUUGUUUGGUAUCGAAUCGAUACGAACAAACGAUGCGAUUAUUAUUUUUUGAACUUAACGAGAAUUUUGUUUUUGAUUCAUGAAAUGUUCUGGUGUACAUUCAAGGUACAUUUGCUUUGAAAAUGUCAUGGAAUGACAGGAUUAAAGACAAUUUUGUUGUUACAUGGUGGAAAUGAAAUGAUUAUUGUAAAUAAAUUUACACCGAAUUUUUAUUCUUAAAAAACAUGAGUUUGUGCUGCUCUAUGUGUAGAUUUUAAUUUUAAAUUAUUUCAAAGAUGCAUUCAUUAUUAUAAUGCUACUUUUUUAAGUGAAUUAAAUAGUAAUUAAUAUAACCAGGUUAUUCUAUUGAUAAAAAUAAUUUUGUAUAUUCAAAGACUAUUUCCUUUUUAGAAGAAAGCAAAUUUGUAGCUGAAUUUGCAAAUGCAUUGUCACUGGUGAAAAUAGCUAUCAUAAUUUCAUCAGAAUUGAUAUUGAAUUUUUAAAAAACUAUUAAGCAUUAGCAGAUAUAGAAAGUUAGCUUUAAAUUCUUUAUCGCAUUUAAGCAAUCAUAAAUAUAAACUAUAUCAAUAUUAUGUGCAAUUCAUGAAUAUCAUGAUACGUACAUUAUUUUACUCUAUAAUUACGCACUCUAUUAAUUUUUUAGUCUUAAAUGAAUUGUAUUGCUAUGUAAUUUCAUUUAUUGUUGCGAUAAAUUGAAGUUCAAAGGGCGCAUGUGAUUUCUUUUAAAUAACUGACUGUCAAAGAAGCUUUGGCAAAAGGCCCUAUUAUUGUAUUUUUGUCUGGAAAAUGUUUUUCCAGGUGAAAUUAUGUGAAUAUAUUUUUGUGCUACAAUAUAAUUUUGUCUUUCAUAUGAAUUGAAAAAUAUCCUUUUAUGUUUGUAUUUUUGUUUUAUUGAAGAAAAUCAUGUGGAAGUUUUGUUUAUUAUAGUAUUCAUAAUUGCAAUCCUAUAUCAACUUAAAUCAAUCACUGCCAAAUUUGAAUUUAAUAUCUUUCUUUAGUAUUAAGUUUAUUAUUAAAUGAUUGAUAAAAUAUUGGAGGAAAAGUUUUGA